AUGUCCGACAGACAAUCCGCGCUUUCUCGGCAAGCUAUAGAUCGUACCUUCGCAACAUCAGGCUCAGAAAGGCCGGAUGGGCGAUCGGAAGAUGGUUCGGCGCGUCCUGCUUCAGCGCCGCUUGCCAUUCCUAUGGCCAUGAGGCCCGCUCAGUCGGAGCCGAUUUCGUUUGGACGACCGUCGUCAAUUCCUCCAGCACUGGGUGAACGCAACGCUCAGAGGGUUAUCAGUGAAAGUCAUGUAACGGGGAGGAAGUCACCAGCGAAUAGCUCUGGUGGGACACCCCUAGAUUCUCUGCAACGCUUGCUUCCGUCGGUUGUAAAGUCUCGGAGCGGGAGUGUGCUAUCGCGUGGCUUUAUAUUGAAAACGGACCACUAUCCUUCUGGGAGAGCAUUGGAUCUGGACCUCAACGUACAUGGUGCACCGAACUUCCGAGCGCCUCGUGUGGGCGGGCUAAAUGUCUUCGGAGCCGCACAACCUCGUACGCAGGGUCUAAGAGCUAUAUUAUCUGUCCUUGGAUGUCGACCAAACAUCAAUAAACCAACUCACGUCGUAUGGUUCUCCACUCGUGAGGAACCUAUAGUGUAUAUCUCUGGCCGACCCUUUGUGCUUCGUGAUGUGGCCGAACCAAGACGCACCCUCUCUCUAUCUGAUCGUGCAGAAAACCUUGAAGCCAUCGAGUUGAGACUCAAGCACGAUAUACUACAAGAAGCCUCUCGCUAUGGCGGCGUCGUUUUGACUCACAAUGAGAUAGCUUCAGAUAGUGGCGAGGGAGCCAUUCUUCCAACAUGGACAGCUGUGGACACCGGAAACGUCAAGACAUCUCGCGAACUCUGGGAGACCAUGAAAGGACAAGGGUGGAAUGUCGACUACUAUCGGAUUCCCAUUUCUCCUGAUAGGCCCAUCGAGGAUAACUAUCUAGAUGCCUAUGUCAGCGUUUUGAAGACACUGGAUCCCCUCCAGACGGCAUGCGUGUUCUCUUGCGGCAUGGGCGCCGUCCGAACGACUUUCGCCAUGGUUGCAGCCUCUCUCGUGAGACGCAAGCAAAUAAUGGCAAAGGGUUUUCCGGACCCUUACACAACAAAGGGGGUGGGUCUUGCUGCUUCCUUGGCCAUGCACACUAGCAACUCGAACAGCGCAAGUGGCAACGGUUCGUUGAGUAAUUCCGGCUCUGGAUUCAAUACGCAAAUGGAAUCAAGGAUCCUCCAUUCCCUUGAGCAGGCCAGUGCCCAGCAAGAUCUCAACAAAUCCCUUUUGCGUUUGACGUAUCUCUUACAGCAAAGCCUACCUGACAGAAACUCACAAUCAGCUGUGGAACUUCUCAUGUCUCAGUACUCGCUCUUGGACAAUCUUCGCAAAGUACACAUGGGUAAUUAUGGAAUCAUACUCAGUUUACUGGGUUGUUUGGACCAUGGCCUACAGGCAAAGAAGCUCGUAGAUCGGGUAAUCGACGCCACCGACCAAGUCACAAACCUGCGAGAAGAUAUUCUCAUUCACCGACUGAAGUAUUCGUUAACCAGUAUGGACGAGGUUAAAGGGGAGGUAUCCUUGGACAAAGCCGUCAAAGCGUUGGAGAAAUACUUCUUUAUCAUUGCAUUCACGAGCUAUGUAGAAGCUACUGACAACUUCGGCGAAAGCUUCUCAGCGUGGUUGAAAGCCCGGACGGAGAUAUGGAAUCAAGUCUCGUUCCUGAGGAAGUCGCAUGGCUCACGACUGAACGUUUUCGCCCCAGUAAACGACUUGUCUGCUCUUUCCAUGACCGGCUCGUCAGGGCGGUCGCUAGUCCCAGGGCGCAGGAAUGAUGUAGCCAUUGCUGGUGGCCAGAUUUUGGGUGAUGAAUAUUCUGACCACGUUGUCAAGAAUCGCAGUGGAGUUAUCCUACGAGAAAGCACACUCCUCAAGUCGGACCAAUGGCUCAGCGAGUCUCACUACGUAGAACACGGAGUGCGUGGCGCCAUCAACUUCAGGCAAGUUCCGAAGACGAAGAUCUAUGCUCUCGGACAACCAACAUUGGAGGCCAUCGACGAGGUAGUUGGUCGUGUCAAGGAAGCUCACCCUUCCGCCCACCGGAUAGUCUGGAUCACCCUUCGCGAAGAGCCUAUUGUAUACGUCAAUGGUGCCCCAUAUUGUUUGAGGCGAGAAGGGUUCUCACUGCGGAAUAUGAAAGAUUACGGUGGCAUCUCUGCCUCUAGGUUGGAAGUGCUAGAAGAAAGACUCAAGGAUGAUGUAGUUGCAGAGCUGAAUGCCUUCGGUGGGAGAUUACUCCUUCACACCGAAACCUCAGAUGGAUCGGUGGUCCCUGUAUGGGAAGAUGCUGGCCCGGAUGACGUCGCUGUUCUCAAGGAGGUCAUGGCCGGAAACAAGACCUUUGGCUCUGGUGUAGAACUCGUGUAUCGUCGGAUCCCCAUUACGGCUGAGCGUGCACCAGACUUCGCCGAUUUGACUGAGCUGAUCGAGCUUGUUGUGAACGAGUCAGCGGACACGCCUAUUGUCCUGAAUUGCCAAUUGGGUCGCGGGAGGAGCACUCUGGCUUCGAUUAUCAUUGUGUUGAUCCAGCAGUGGCUGGAUUUGCAUCGUAGGGUCACUGUACCCCCCACCCCGCGUACCUCUCGCUCGAUGUCUACAUUUUCACAGAAUGGGAACGAGGUCGUCCUCCCCUCAAAACAUCGACACUCCUACCAAAUCAUCAAUAACUUGCUCCGGGUAAUGCGCAAGGGACCUGCUGUCAAGAAUACCGUCGACGAAGCGAUCGAACAAUGCGCCGAAGUGUACAGCCUCCUGGACUCUAUAGAAGAAGCUCGUACCAGAGCAGAGCAGGCCACCGAUGACAAGCAGAAGCGCGUGCACGCUACUAAAGGCCUCCAUAACCUGAGACGGUAUUUCGAGUUGAUUGUGUUCCAGUAUUAUCUGCAGUCAACGGAGCCUGAUACAUUGAGCUCCUUUGAAAAUAUUGAGACGUUUGUCAAGAGCCGACCUGUCAUCGGCACGUUUCAAAAGGAACUGGUCACCGUUGGAAUCAAUGCGCUCAAGCCCCUCGAAAGGGCAGAGGUAACCGAGGAUAUGGCGCAUCCCGAUGAGGUCAAGCAAGUCGUCGUUAACCGAUCUGGUAGUAUUCUCUCCGCCUCAACGAUCCUGAAGAGCGACUUCUUCUCGAAUCUCCAGAAGAUGACUCUACCUGAACGCAUUGACGGUUCGCCUAACUUCCGAAGAGUACCUCUGACGCUCAAUGUAUUGGCGAGACGCACGUCUCCACAUAUGUUCACUACGGAGUUCGUCGUUCAAGAUGAGAAUGCUGGGAGGAGGGUAUGCGGAAGCGGUAUGCCUACAGUAGAUGGACUAAGACGUGCACUGCUCCGCGUUGACGCAGGACCCCACGGGAAGAAUUCGGUUUAUUGGACUUCUCUACGGGAGGAACCCGUUGUCUACGUUGCGGGCAAGCCGCAUGUCCUUCGCCUAGUGGACAAGCCCCUAGAGAAUGUCGAGGCAACUGGAGUCACAACGGCCACCGUCGAAGCGAUGGAGAACCAGUUUAAGAAGGACAUUCUACGUGAAUUGCGCAUGGGCAACGGACGUGUUCUUUUGCACGACGAGGUAGAAGAGAGGCCGGGUGUGUUCAGUAUCGUGCCUCUGUGGGAGCCUGUGCAAGAGGAUGAGAUUAUGACUCCGAGGGAUGUGUUCAAUGUUAUGGUGAAGGACGGGUACAGGAUCAAUUAUGGACGCGUGGCAAUCACGGACGAGCAAGCACCGCUUCCGGAUGCGCUUUGGCAGCUCGUUGAGCGCGUGCGGGAAGGGUUGUCGGAUUCUUCUACUGGUGAUUUCAUCUUCAACUGCCAGAUGGGACGCGGGCGGACGACAACAGGGAUGGUUACCGCAUGUUUGAUCUCCACAACCAUGCAAUGGAGUGCCAAUGAGCAGAAUUAUGUACAAGAGGAUGAAGAGGAGGAUGAAGAGGAUGAAGAAUCUGGUGGGGCAUAUGAUUCCAUUGACGGUCCGUCAGAGGAGGAAGCGUACCUCCAGGGAGAGUAUAAGACGAUCCUGCAGUUGGUUGGGGUGCUUUCGCAUGGGAAGACGGCGAAGAAGAUGACGGACAAGGCGAUUGAUAUGAUGCAGGAUGUACAGAAUCUGAGAAAGGCGAUCUAUGACUAUAAACUCAAAGUGGAUGCGUGUGCCAAAGGGAGCCUCAAGGAGCAAAAGCUACGCGGCAUCACCGUCAACUACUUGUAUCGCUAUGGCACCCUGAUAGCGUUCGCCAACUACCUCAUCGAGCAGCGCUUCCGUAGCAAAGGCGCGCUGGAGGCGACUUUCCCGGCGUGGCUUACAGAACACCGGGAGAUUACGAAGAUCCUGGAGAGGCGAUCUCUGGACUAG